GCAGGCAGGCCAGGGAGGAGCGAAGGGGCCUAGAGGGCUCCGGGAGAACUGUGGGAGGUUGGCGGCGGAGGGAGUGGGUCCCGGGCUGCACUGGCUGGAGCGAGAGCCCGGCUCGCAGUACCCCCGAGGAGUGGCUUAGAGGGCGGACAGACAGUCGGCAGGGAGGGGAGGGCCAGCAUGCUGCCCCUGCUGCACCCCGCCUGGCCGCUGCUCCUGGGCGCCACGCUGACCUUCCGGGCACUCAGGCGCGGGCUCUGUCGCCUGCCCCUGCCCUCGCACGUGCGCACCGACCCCCUGCGUACCUGGCGCUGGCACAACCUGCUGGUCUCUUUCACCCACUCCAUUGUGUCAGGGAUAUGGGCGCUGCUGUGUUUAUGGCAGACUCCGGAGAUGCUGGUGGAGAUUGAGACGGCGUGGUCGCUCUCUGGCUAUUUGCUCGUUUGCUUCUCUGCAGGUUAUUUCAUCCACGACACGAUAGACAUUGUGAUUAGUCGUCAGGCCAGAGCUUCUUGGGAAUACCUUGUUCACCAUGUCAUGGCCAUGGGUGCCUUCUUCUCAGGCAUCUUCUGGAAGAGCUUUGUUGGUGGAGGCGUCCUAACACUACUGGUGGAAGUCAGCAACAUCUUCCUUACCAUGCGCAUGAUGAUGAAAAUCAAUAAUGCCCAAGAUCUCCUCCUCUACCGCCUCAACAAAUAUGUCAACUUGGUCAUGUACUUUCUCUUCCGCCUGGCCCCUCAGGCCUACCUCACCAACUUCUUCCUGAAGUAUGCAGGCCAGAGGACCCUGGGCACCUUUCUGCUGGCCAUCCUGCUCAUGCUGGAUGUGAUGAUCCUCAUCUACUUUUCCCGCCUUCUCCGUUCUGACUUUUGUCCUGAACGUAUACCCAGCCACCAACACAAAGACAAAUUCUUGACUGAGUGAGAGGAACAGAGCCUGGACAUGUGGCAAGAACAGCAAACAUAACUAGAACAGAAACAGACCAUUUAUAAACUGGGUCUAUCCCAAGCCUGGACAUCCCUAGGGGCCAGUCUGUACCCUGAGCCUACUACACCCACACUAUUGAAAACACUAAUGAAAGCAUUCCUCUGAAGCCUUAAAAUCUUCUCUUGGGCAACUAGAGAGGGGAGCAGACAAACCGGUUGGACAUGGUAUGUGGGUGUGAGGACAAGGAGCCAACCCAAACCCAGCCAAUUCACAGACCUGAAAUGAUGCUAAUGACAAUUCUAAACGUCCAGGGAUAAAGGAAAAGGGGAUCCUGUAAAGCUUAUUCCCUUGUCCCAAUGAGUUGUCCUAAGACAAAAAUAACCUUCACCUGAAUAAUAAAAUAUCUCUGGUGGUAUCUACA